CAAAAUCAAAAUUAUGAAAUCAACAAAAACAUUGCACAAGUUGCCGUCGCUGCUGCUGCUGCUGCUGUUGCUGCUCGUCUCCGUUUGGAGUCACCCGAUGCCGGAUGUCGCUGUGCCCGGGAGUGAGGCCCAGCAGUCCCUGAUUCUCAUUCAGAACAAUCUGAGACCCGAGCAUGCGAAAAACUAUGAAAUAUCUGUGCCAAAAGCACCGCAGCCGGGCGAGCCCUGUCUGACCAUCAGCUGGAAGACCAAUCCGGAUGGAACUGGACCAGAUGAGCCCCAAAUUUAUCUAGUCAAUGGAUACUUCAAGAUAUUGACACCGUCAGAGGCGGCAAAUCUCCAGCAAUGAUGGGAAUGUGUAAGCACUAAGAGUUAUUUGAUAUAAGCGCAUAUUCAUAGCGGAUUAUUAAAGCUGUCAAGACUUACAUUUAACAAUAUUCACCCACAAUAACAGCAGCUGCAUUGCAGUAUAUAGUGAAAAUAUAUAUAAACAUUUGUGACAUUGCUCAGCCCAUUGAUGAUUGAUUUAUUAGGCGGCAAUUUAAAUUAUUGAAUAUCUACCUAAAUCUUUUGGAUUUCCUAAGUUAUUAUAAUAGUUUAUUAGACAACAAAAAAUUACUAAAAAAAUGAAUAAACAUCAAAUUAUUUGUUUACUAUCCAUAAAUGUUAAAACAACAACAACAAAUUAUUUUUAGCUGUGAUUUUAUUUUUUGUUCAGCUUCUAAAAUUGUAAACUUAAAGUUCUUAAUGCAUUAUUAAAAUAAAAUGUACGACAUUCUUUAUACCUAAGAUAAUUAUUUUAUAAGAUCUGCCAUUCCAAAGCACUUUUUUCUAGCAUAAGAACAUAUUAAACUAAUGUGAAAUCUGAUUUUUUUUCAUGUAUAAUAAAUAUGCCAACAUUUUUUUAA